AUGGUCUACUCAUUUGGUUAUCGACGCCCGAGUCGGGUUUCUGACAGGUCCUCGUACACGUCCUCGAACGAUAAGAGACUAUCUGGCGAAGGAUCAUACCACUCCGGAACUUCUGGCUCGAUCAAAGGCAUUCCGGAAGCAUUGUCUUUCGAUCGGAUCAUAGCUGGUGGUACCUGCCCUGUACGUACAAUCACAUCCAAUGAUUGCUUAGAUAUCAUCUCUGACCCCAUCUGCGUANNGCCAUGCACAACGCGUGACUUCAUGAACUAUCUGAAGUAUGUCGAACACAGUGCCGAGAACUUGCAGUUCUAUCUCUGGUAUAGAGACUACGUCGAGCGAUUCGACAAGUUGCCAAGCUCUGAGAAGGCAUUGUCGCCAGAAUGGAGUGCUUCACAGAUGGACACCGAGAUCACUCAACCAGCUCGACGCAAGAAGACUCCUGCGGUGAUAGCUACUAUACUCGAAGGGUCCGAUUUCGCCGACACAGCGCCUCUUGCUGCCGAGAAACAAGAUCCAUUCACCGAAGCUCGUAGCGAUUCGCCUGAGACAAUGAGGGCCCCUGCAUCACCUACCUUUUCUAAUUUCGACUCUUCUUUGAGUAUGGAGAGACCCUUGUCGAGCAGAUCAGACUUCGAUCGCAAGGCUGAAGAAGCAUUGACCGAUGCUGGUAUGCAGUGGAAGCCUUUUACCGCACAACCAUUCCGUGAGGAAAUGACACGGAUCAUCACACUCUUCAUCGCCGUGGAUGGCUCUCGUCAACUCAAUCUCUCUGAUCGUGAACGCAGUGCUGUCCUCCACGCUCUGCAAAACACUACACAUCCCUCUGCUCUGCGUGCUGCAUUCAUGAGCGCGGAAUACUCACUCCGUCGUCAAGCUCAUCCAAACUUCAUCCGAUGGACCAUCUGCAAUGGCAAUCGUCCUCGUGUUAUCUUUGCUCGCGGCUUGGGCAUCUCACUAAUCCUCCUCGGUAUCCUCGCAGACCUGCUCAUCACACUGAGUUCUGCCGGUCGUGCAUGGCGUGUUUUGCCAAUCAUUGGCUUGAUGCUGGGUGUCUCGACACUCAUUGCUGCAUGGAAGGGAAUGUGUGUGGUUCUGCACGGAAUGCACCAUCGCCAUCUCCGCCCUUGGGAACUCUUCGCCGAUCCUGAGGAGAGAUCUGAGAAAGCUGGCUCUGAGGAGUCUCUAUUCAAUGGCCCAAUCUCUAACAGUUAUGAAGACGAGCCUUGGAUCGCCAAGUACGAGAAACGCAAUGUCAUUCGCAAGAUCUUCGAUCGUGAAGUUUGGAUCCAAGAGCCGGCAUUAAGACAGAUACAGGAUACCGUCUUCGUCCAGAGUCUGUUGGGUGCGUUUUUGGUUUCUUGUGUUGUGGUUGGCAUCUUUUGUGCCGUGCCGCACGGUGAUUUCUUCUAG